AUGUCAUCCCAUACCUCCAAACAUCCUUCUCCUCCUCCUCCUCCUCCUCCCUCUAACUUUGCCCUCCCCUCCCUCCCGCAGGACGACCCCUCCUGCCUCCUUCCGCCUCCCCCUCCCCCUCCCACCCCUGGCUCUCCUGGACACAAGCGUACCUCCUCAGACGCGCUCGAGCACUUGCAGCAUACCACCGCCCGCGCCCUCAAGCUCCUCAGGCCCCAGGAGAUCCCCAGCUCUGACGUCGCCGACACCCUCGACAUCGACAACGCCUUCAUUGCCGACCUUCCCUCCCAAUGGCAGAAGCCCGUCGCGUCCCUCUCCACCCACGACCCCUCCCCGUCCUUGUCCUCCGCCUUCCCUGACCUCGACUCGGACCCUCGCUCCCCCUCCCCUCUUCCGUCGCUCGUCCAGGUCAAGCUCGGCGUCCUCCUCGAGUUCUCCGACAUGAUCGUCGACCGCUCCUCGUUCUCCACAGGGUUCCUCACGUGCAACCGGACAAGCGCUUACGCUGCCUCCGCCAAGGGCCAGCUCUGCCUCGCCGUCCUCGACACCGUCAUGCGCCGCCCUGCCUCCCAGCUCUUCUGCCUCCACGCCGGCCCCGCAGACAACGAAUGCUUCCAGUUCAGCCUUCGCCCUCCAGCCAGCGGCCAGUACCUCAUCAACGCCAUGGCCUGGGAUCUCGACUACAAUGCCCAUCAGCCCCCCGACAUGCUCCAGCUGCAGCGCCAGCUCAUCGCCAUCAUUCGCCUCGCCAGGCCCGGUACCAAGCUCCGAGGUGACGCUGGUCCCCUCAAGACCUUCGAGAACAUGCUCGACGACAUCGGCAUGGAGCCCGCCGACCCCCUCGGCGGCCUCUGCGCGUCUCUCAUGCAGAGCGAGCAGGGAGCCUGGAGCCUCCUCGUCUCCCUCAAGUCCGUCCCGGCCGGGCAGCCGAGCAGCACCAGCCAGCUGACCGCCGCGCCUGUCCCUCAGUGA